AUGAACUCUGCUCUUCUGAUUUCACUUGCGUCUUUUGCAUUGGGCCAGUCAACAAAUACUCAGGAAGUGACAGAUCCAAACUCUGCAGGUGAUUUGGCAUAUCCAACGCCAUACUAUUCAUUGCCAUCUGAGGAUCCAGUAUGGAACACAAUGUACUCACUGGUGCUGCUAGCUGCCGUUGUAUUCAUUAGCAUCCCUGGAAAGGCACUUCAGAGGCUACAGAUGUGCACUGUUGUUUUCUUGGGUUCAUACUUCACACUUACUCAUUUGAUGCUGUCAAAUAUCAAUGUGCAGUGGUAUCUCGAUCUGUCUAUGAUUGCAAUCAGUGGAAUUGCUGCAUUUAUGUCUUACAUUAGGAUAUUCAGAGACGUAUGUCUUGCAUUAAUAUGUGCGUACGGUGCAAGUUACCUUACAAUUCUUAUCACAAGGGUCAGUUACGUAUACAUGUGGACUGCAUGGAUGUUACUAUUUGCCUUCUUUGCCGUCUUUCUGCUUCUUGGGCAUAGAAACAACAGCAGGCUGUUGAAAUCAAUAUCAAGGGCUGAGGUGUACAGUAUUUCUGUGUGCGUACUCAUGAGUAUAUGGAGCUCGCUCAACAUGUUUGAGGGAUGGCACGGCGUGAGUUCCAGCGAUAAUGCAGUUCUAGGUGUGUUUGUUGGUGGAUCUGCAUUUGUUAUAAUCUUUGCCGUUAUCUUUAUUGAAAGCUACCUGUUGAGGUUUAGAGAUAACGACGAUGAUCAGGAUGAUGAAGGCCAGCAGCAGCAAGAAUCCAAGGAAUAA